UAUCUGUAGAAAAAAUUUAAUAACUUCCCUCAUCACGCAGAUAUAAGGGUAAGGGACCCCUAUUCCGCCCAGUGCCUAAUCCCGACCACCCUCUAUAUCUCGUCUGUUAUUAGCGCUACCUACCGGAAAGUGAUAUAAACAUGUUCCUCUAUCACAGACGAUUAAUUUGAGACAUUCCCGGCCAUUGUACAGCCAAAACUCGCGAAAUGAAUUGAAGUUGAAAAAAUUCGAUAGUCAAAGAUAAGUUUUUUGUCAUUUUUCAUCGUCGAAAAAUUUUAACUAGAUAUCAAUAAUUUUAUGAUGUUAUACAUGUGUUGUGAUCGUUAUUUAAGUACGUUUCUGAUGAUAUAGCCGCUUUCCUAAUCCAUCAAAGGUAUGUAUAAAAUUUUUUUACGAAAGUGUAAAAUGACAUGGGUCUCCUAAUCCCGACCACCCAUAAGAUCAUGUAAAUUCAGUCAGGGUGGUCGGGAUUAGGGUACCAAAUUCAGUCAUUUUUGAGGUGCCUCAGAAGAAAAUUCCAAAAAGCCAUAAAGAAUUAUUCUAUAACCCCAAAAUUUUAAUAUGAGUUAGGGGAAGGUUCAAUCUAUCUUUUAAGCCAUUUACUGUAUUUUCAUGUGAAAUAGUAUUUUAUUGGUUGCUGCACUUUCAAAUGUGGUCGGAAUUAGGGCACCUAACUUUUGGAGGUGGUCGGGAUUAGGAGCCCAACUUUUGAAAAAUCGUUUUUGAGUUGUUUCGGAAAAAAAUUCAAAAAACAUAUUAAGGAUUCUUCAUUUGGGCCAAAAUUUUGAUAUGAGUUAGGGGAAGGUUCAACCUACAUUUUAAGCCAUCUACCUCGUUUUGAAGUGAAAUAGUCUUCGAUUGGUGGCGAUUUUAAAAAAAGUGGUCGAAGUUGGGCGCCCUUACCCUUAAUCAUUUUUCCUCUCUUAUGCAACGUGUCAUUGCUACCCAUAUAUAUUAGGGUACCUACUUGGUAUAUCAUCUCACUAUUUUCGUAAUCGUCUUUGAUUGCGCCCUUUAGCUUGUACUGCGUAUUUACAUAAAUUUAGUUUGCCAUCUUUACUCGGCGUUUGUGACUUAUUUUAUUCAAUUUUAUUCGCCGCCGUGUUGUUUCUUUAAUUCUAUAAAUUGUAUUUAGUUGCAUGAGAAGUUUCGUCGUUUGAAAACGUUUUGUUUGGCGGCUUGUGCAUUAAAAUUUUCACUCCAUUCGUGAUUUGAUAUCAAUUCUGGUUUAUAGAAACUGAACCUGACGAGAGAGUUUCACGUUGGAUAACUAAGGUAGCUGUUCCUUGAGUGCGUUAGAGCUGCAGUCACAUCAACUGAAUGAUUUGCAAUAAAACAAUGAAGAUAUUUACAAUCCUUUCCUUAUGUCUAUAUUUCUCAUCACCUAUAAUGUGGGCUGAAGGUUCUGAAUCAGUAACUCCUGCUCCAAGUUUACCAUCACCGGAAUGCAGUUUUAAGACAAUAAGGACCAAGGGAAUGAUAUUUGUCGACAAAACCAUGUUCAUUGAAAGACUAUUGGAUUUAGGCGAGUCACGAUACAUUUUACUCACCCGUGCCCGCCGGUUUGGAAAAACUACAUUUCUAGAGAUGUUAAACCACUUUUUUUCCGCGGAUAGAUACCUUUUUAAUGACACGUAUAUCGCCAAACGAUUCCCUGAACCAUGGACGAAAUAUCCCGUUAUCAAAAUAGAUUUCAGUUUUGUAAAGAAUGUAGACGGAAUCGCUGAUAUCCAUACGUAUGAAAAGGAACUCGAAGACACACUACGCGACAUUGGAGCCGAACAUGGUCUCGACCCUUCAAGAAGUUAUCGCAUUGACUUCCUCAUCAAAGACCUGCAAGCUAAAUAUAGACAACCCGUUGUCAUAUUGGUUGACGAAUACGACGAGAUUUUUAGAAAAGUUGACAUGAAGAAUGCUGAUUUGUACGAACGGUUUAGAUCAACCGCUUGCACAUUCUAUAAAAUGAUUAGAAUGCAACGUGAUAAUAUUAAAAUGGUAUUCAUUACCGGAAUUUCCCGACUAAACUUAGUCGACAUUGGUAGUGGCCUGACCGAAGUGAGUAUCCACCAGGCAACUUUCACCGCGGAAUUCUCCAGUGCUAUAGGCUUUACACUGGAAGAAAUAGAAUCAAAUUUUAAGCCACACUUACAACGUUUGGCCGAUCAUCAUGGAGUGAGUGUCCCAACAAUCAUUGAAAAUCUUACCAUGUGGUAUGACGGGUAUAGAUUUAGUUUAGAUGAUGAUAAAACCAAGGUCUUUAAUCCGGUUUCCAUAAUCUGCUGCUUAGAACAAAAGAAAAUUAAAGAUUACUGGGCAGAUACGAGAUACACUGACUUUAUAAUCAAACAGAUGAAACAGUCCAAAACCACCGUAGAAGAGUACUACUAUUAUAGGGUACCUCAUACAGAUGUCGAAGAUAUGCAGAAUAAGGAAUUCGGGCCUGAGAUUCCAACGGCAGUCGCAUUAUAUAAUCACGGGUAUCUAACUAUUAAAAGAUACAAUAAAAAAUCCGGAACUGUUAUACUCGCUUACCCCAAUCUUCAGAUUGAACAUUUAGUUACCGAAAAACUGGAGUACGCGUCAUAUCAACCAACGUAUUGCCACGGGAUGAAUAUCAGUCUCCGCGAAAACGAUAUCGAGAGUUUUAUUGAGUUUGUGAAUAAAGCCGCAUUUAGAGAAUACGGCUUGUCUCAAAUUGAAAAAAUAAAAGAAUCCGUCGCCACUAAAUACAUCCUAGAUGCGUUAGUAAAUAACAGAUUGGGCGCAAUCCACUCCACAGAAACCAUGUACGGACCAGAUGGCCAAACGGUGGGUGAUUUAGACAUUGAACUACGAAAUCCGAAAGCAUCUGAAUAUUUCCCAAAAGAUAUAUCCCUGACGAUUGAAGUGAAAGUUGAGCAAAGCGCUGCUAAGGGUAUGCUGCAACUAUUCGGAUAUGCGGUGAAAGAGCCUGUAACUUUUCGACGAAAAAUCAAAACGUUCUCGGAACCAGGUGUUCCUGCGUAUACUUAUUUAUUGGCGAUAAACGUCCGCUCAACGAAAAGAAUACACCCGAAAAUAGAUGAGUGGAUUGCCAUUCCAUAUCGAAAUGGAAAAAUUUUCGCGGAUGAAAUGGUAGCAAAAAUCAGAAACGAUAAAGACGCAUCAAAGGCACUCGAAGACGGUUGGAAAGGCACGAAAGAAAAAUUGAUCCGUGAAGGAAUGAAUGAAGUAAAUACGGAAAUCCUUGUCUGGAGUUAUCUCACCAGGACAUCCGAAGAGAUUACCAGUAGUAACGCCAUACUGGAACGAACCACUCACACUGGGACACAGCAACCUUUUUGGAACCCAGUUGGGACCCAGAUGACAUCCAGUAGGGACCAUGUUGGGACACAGUCGGGACCCAGUAUAGACCCAGAUGGGACCCAGCCACAGGCCGAAUUUGGACGUGACGGCAAUCCACUUGAAAACAUCAUUGAAGAAAAAGAACCUUCAAUACUAUUCGAAAAGGUCGUCAAAGCCAUCACUGAACCGCCAUUUGAACGCCGCUCUACCCCUUCUAUGGAUGCUAAGGAACGUUUGAAGUACCUCUUGCACGGUCUCGGUAAGAAAGAACGUCAGAUGUUCGCACAGGUCUUUCCGGAUACGUGGAAAUAUUAUGAAGUUUCGACAUGGGAUCUUUACGAGGUCGUCCCAAAGCCCAGAACUCGAUGAAGAAGCAAAUCGACGAAUGAAAGCCCCAUCAUCGAUCGUUUUUUAAACAGAACAGAAUCGUUGAAAAAUUCGCAGAAUAAUAAAGAAUCGGUGCGUUACAAAAUAACACCUCAGCCGUAUUGUAAUGAACCCUAUACGCCGGUUUUAUUAAAACCAUUCAGUGAUGAAAUUGUUCAAGUUACUUUGUAAGUAAAUUAGUUUUUAAAUGUGCAUUAUUUUAAAAACUAGUCGUUCAAUUAUGUAAAUAUUAGGCUAUAAAUCUUAAACAUAUUAUAUUAUUAUUUUUUUUUUAUGUAAUCAAUUCGCUAAGGUCUAUAUGAUUGAACAGUUUGCAUUGUCAUCUUGGUUUUUUUUCACAUGUUUAUUUCGAUAGUGCGAUAUAUUUUAGAAUAAAUAAUUAAUACCUACCUGUUCA